CAGUUUACGCAGAUUUCCGCGCAUUCCGCAACGCCUUCGGAGCUGGUUUGACCCUCGGCGUGUGCCGUCGGCAGCCGCCUGCCAGCUGUCGGCGCCUUUGUGCGGCGGCGGAAGGGGCGCGGGGCCGAGGGCAGCGGGCGCAGGGCAGGAGCCGCGGGAGGAGCCGCGGGCAGUGUUGCAGCCAUGUCUGACAAAAGUGAGCUGAAGGCGGAGUUGGAGCGCAAGAAACAACGAUUAGCUCAAAUCAGAGAGGAGAAGAAGAGAAAGGAGGAAGAAAGAAAGAAGAAAGAAACUGACCAGAAGAAAGAAGUUCUUCCAGUACAAGAAGAAUCUGAUCUUGAAAAGAAGAGAAGAGAAGCGGAAGCUUUGCUUCAGAGCAUGGGGUUGACAUCUGAGUCUCCUGUUGCUGUGCCUCCUCUGCGGGUAGUAACAGCGGAUACCUGUCUGUUUCACUAUUUAGUCCCUCCUCCUACCUCUCCGUCCUCCAAAUCCGUGAGUACGCCCAGCGAGGCUGGCAGCCAGGACUCGGGGGAUGGCGCUGUUGGAUCCAGGACGCUGCAUUGGGAUACUGAUCCAUCAGUUCUUCAGCUCCACUCUGAUUCCGAUCUGGGACGUGGACCUGUUAAACUUGGAAUGGCCAAAAUUACACAAGUUGACUUUCCUCCUCGAGAAAUUGUUACCUAUACAAAGGAGACACAAACACCUGUCAUGACUCAGCCCAAGGAAGAUGAGGAGGAGGAAGAUGAUGUGGUUGCACCAAAACCAUUAGUUGAACCUGAAGAAGAAAAAACAUUGAAAAAAGAGGAGGAGGAAGAAGCUGCCCCUCAUGAACUCACAGAGGAGGAAAAGCAACAAAUUUUGCAUUCUGAAGAAUUUUUAAGUUUUUUUGACCACUCCACAAGGAUUGUUGAAAGAGCCCUUUCUGAGCAAAUCAACAUUUUCUUUGACUACAGUGGAAGAGACUUAGAGGACAAAGAAGGAGAGAUUCAAGCAGGAGCAAAACUGUCCUUAAAUAGGCAGUUUUUUGAUGAACGUUGGUCAAAGCAUCGUGUUGUCAGUUGUCUGGACUGGUCAUCUCAGUAUCCAGAAUUACUUGUAGCCUCUUACAACAACAACGAGGAUGCGCCUCACGAGCCUGAUGGGGUGGCCCUUGUAUGGAAUAUGAAGUACAAGAAAACUACCCCAGAGUAUGUCUUUCACUGCCAGUCUGCAGUGAUGUCAGCUACAUUUGCAAAAUUCCAUCCCAAUCUGGUGGUUGGUGGCACAUACUCAGGCCAGAUCGUGCUGUGGGAUAAUCGCAGCAAUAAGAGAACCCCAGUGCAGAGAACACCACUGUCAGCUGCUGCUCACACGCACCCAGUGUACUGUGUAAAUGUUGUUGGGACCCAGAAUGCUCAUAAUUUGAUUAGUAUCUCAACUGAUGGAAAAAUAUGCUCUUGGAGUUUAGAUAUGCUUUCCCAACCACAGGAUAGCAUGGAGCUGGUUCACAAACAGUCCAAGGCUGUGGCUGUUACCUGCAUGUCUUUCCCUAUUGGAGAUGUCAACAACUUUGUUGUUGGCAGUGAAGAAGGCUCAGUGUACACUGCAUGCCGUCAUGGCAGCAAAGCUGGAAUCAGUGAGAUGUUUGAAGGACACCAGGGACCAAUCACAGGUAUCAACUGCCAUGCAGCAGUUGGACCUGUAGACUUCUCACAUCUUUUUGUCACCUCUUCUUUUGACUGGACAGUAAAGCUUUGGACAACGAAGAAUAACAAACCUCUCUACUCCUUUGAAGACAAUUCUGAUUAUGUUUAUGAUGUGAUGUGGUCUCCAACUCACCCUGCCUUGUUUGCCUGUGUGGAUGGGAUGGGCAGGCUUGACCUGUGGAAUCUCAACAAUGAUACUGAGGUGCCCACUGCAAGCAUCACCGUGGAGGGCAAUCCUGCUCUGAACCGAGUGAGAUGGACACAUUCUGGGAGAGAGAUUGCUGUAGGAGAUUCAGAGGGACAAAUAGUUAUAUAUGACGUGGGAGAGCAAAUCGCCGUUCCCCGCGGGGACGAGUGGACGCGCUUUGGGCGGACGCUGGCGGAGAUCAACGCCAACAGGGCCGACGCCGAGGAGGAGGCUGCCACCCGCAUCCCGGCCUAGAGCUGCCUGCCUGCCUGCCUGCAGGGGAGCCAGACCCCAUUUUCAGCCCCAGCCCAGCACAGGGAGGAAUGGAUGGAUUCAGCAAUGGACUUUGAAAUGAAAUGUAUUAAGAUCAUUGAAAAUCAGAUCUUGCAUUGUUUUGUUUUAUAUAUGAAUUACAAGCACGUUCUUGGAUCUGUGUAACUUUUAAUACAGUUAACUUUGACUUUGCAGGGAUCUUCUUUUGCUGAAACACUAACCUGGUACAAAUUUGCUACUUGGCCUCUGUAAAGUCCAAUCUGAAACAGUAUAUCUUUCUGAAAAGUAAAAGUUUUGCUCCUAAAACUUUCUGUAUUACAGACUAACCUUCAUUAGGUAGUAAAUCUCUGAAGCAUUCUUUACUUUGAACUCUUCAAAUUACCCAUGAUAUGCAUGCAUAUGUUCCAAGUUUCAUUGUUUAUAUAUAGAUAAGCCUCAGACUCUGGUAGUGGGUAAUAUAUGUGAAUAUAAAUUUGUCUGUAGUUAAAAACUUAUGUGAUAAUCAGACCUGAAUUAAUGAAAUACAUAUUUAAUACCGAUUUCCUUUUGUUUGAAUUGGUGCAUUAAAAGGUAAGACUGAUUCAUAAAUAAAUACUAUAUGAGCACUC